UGGUGUAUCAGUGAGCCCCUCCGUGCUAUGCGUUCAGUGAUAAUCAACACAAACGGUAUUGUCUAAACACCCAGUUACUGAUCUCUGCGACCUCACGCCGUUACAAUGCAACGCACGAUGAUCCUUGGCAAGCAGCAGCUGCACUCUAUCUGCCGGCGGGGUGGUGUACAGCGCCACGGUGCCCUACUGGCGCGGGUGUCGGCCAGCAUGCAGGGCAACUUGCAGCUACAGCGCUAUCUUGCCACGGUGGAAGAGCUUUUCCCAAACAAGCCGGACUUUGCCUCACGGCAUAUUGGCCCCCGUAAAACUGACGUCGUUACCAUGCUGAACUCGAUCGGAUUCAAGUCACUCGACGAACUGUCGGAAAAGGCUGUGCCCGAGGUGAUCAAAUUCAAACGUAUUCUCAAUAUAGAGGAUCCUAUGAAUGAACACGAGCUGAUCGAUCGAAUGCGGCAAAUCGGUAGCAAGAACGAGGUGUGGCGAUCGUACAUUGGCAUGGGUUACCACAACUGUUUGGUACCGCAUCCGAUACUGCGGAACAUCUUCGAGAAUCCCGGCUGGACGACACAAUACACACCGUAUCAACCGGAAAUCAGCCAGGGACGCCUGGAGUCGCUGCUGAACUUCCAAACGCUCGUCACUGACAUGACGGGGCUGGAGAUCGCAAACGCAUCGCUGCUGGACGAAGGGACGGCGGCGGCCGAAGCGAUGAGCCUUUGCUAUCGGUACAACAAACGGCGCAAGGUGUUCCUUUCGCGCAAACUGCACCCCCAGACGGUGGCCGUGGUGAAGACUCGCCUGGAAGCGCUCGGCAUCGAGGUGGUGUUCGGUUCGGUGAAGGCAAUCGACUUUGGCGACCACGAGAUAUCGGGUGUGCUGAUGCAGUACCCGGACACGUUCGGGGAUGUGCAGGACUUUGAGCAGGUGUCGAAGGACUGUAAGAAAAAUGGAACGCUGGUGGUGGUGGCCACGGAUUUGCUCGCCCUGACGCUUUUGCGACCACCGGCAGAAUUUGGGGCCGACAUUGCCAUCGGUUCGGCCCAGCGAUUGGGUGUUCCGCUUGGGUACGGUGGGCCACACGCGGCCUUCUUUGCGUGCCGCCAGAAACUAACGCGCCUCAUACCGGGCCGAAUGAUAGGUGUUACGCGCGAUAUGGACGGAGAGGACGCGUACCGGUUAGCGUUGCAAACUCGCGAGCAGCACAUUCGGCGGGAUAAAGCGACGAGCAAUAUCUGCACGGCGCAAGCCCUUCUUGCCAAUAUGGCCGCUAUGUACGCCAUCUAUCACGGACCGGAAGGCCUGAAGAACAUUGCCAAUCACAUCCACAACUGCGCGCUCACAGUGAACGCCGGUAUCGAAAAGGCGGGCCAUCGACAGCUGAACAAAGCUUUCUUCGACACGCUGCACGUGGUGCCGAAUGGAACUACAACGGCCGAGAUUAAGGCGCGAGCGGAACAGAAGAAGAUUAACCUGCGGUACUUCGAUGACGAUACGAUUGGUAUCGCUAUGGAUGAGACGGUCAGAACGUCGGACAUUGGCGACCUGCUGUGGGUUUUCGGUUGCCCUGACAUUGAAAGUACGGUGGCCGAUCCGCAGGCCACGAGCCGAACCAUCCACAACACAAAGCUCCGGCGUACGUCACCCUUUCUAACGCAUCCCAUUUUCAACAAACAUCACAGCGAGUCGCGAAUGGUGCGCUACAUGAAGCAGUUGGAGAACAAGGACAUUUCGCUGGUCCACUCGAUGAUACCGCUCGGGUCGUGUACGAUGAAGCUAAAUUCGACGACCGAAAUGAUUCCCUGCUCCUUCCAGGAGUUUACCGAGAUUCACCCGUUUGCACCGAGAGAACAGGCCAAAGGCUACAUGCAGAUGUUUGCGGAGCUGGAAAAGGAUCUGUGCGAGAUUACGGGAUACGAUAAAAUCUCCUUCCAGCCGAACAGUGGAGCGCAGGGCGAGUACGCCGGUCUGCGAGCUAUCCGCAGCUAUCACAGUUCGCGCGGGGAGCCCCAUAGAACGAUCUGCCUAAUUCCGAUCAGUGCACACGGUACGAACCCGGCGUCGGCCCAGAUGGCGGGCAUGAAAGUGGAAGCCAUUCGGGUAAACAGUGCGACCGGUGUGAUCGAUAUGGCUCACCUCAAGGAGAAGGUGGAACAGAACGCGGACAAUCUUUCUUGUCUGAUGCUUACCUACCCCUCGACGAACGGUAUUUUUGAGGACAACGUCGUGGAUGUUUGCGACCUGGUGCACAAACACGGAGGUCAAGUGUAUCUCGAUGGGGCAAACAUGAACGCCCAGGUUGGCCUCUGCCGACCAGGCGACUUCGGUAGCGACGUGUCGCAUCUGAAUCUGCACAAAACGUUCUGCAUCCCGCACGGUGGCGGCGGCCCCGGAAUGGGGCCGAUCGGGGUUAAAGCUCACCUAGCACCUUUCCUACCGACGCAUCCCGUCAUCGAGCCACACCCAGAGAGCGACGGCCGCAGCUUUGGUGUUGUCAGUGCUGCGCCGUAUGGUUCGUCGGCCAUUCUACCGAUUUCGUGGUCGUACAUCAAACUGAUGGGCGGCCGGGGAUUAAGACGCGCGACGCAGGUUGCCAUUCUGAAUGCCAACUACAUGUCGAAGCGACUGGAAAACCAUUUCAAGACGCUGUACACCGAUCCGAAGACGGGACUGGUGGCGCACGAGUUCAUUGUGGAUGUGCGCGAUUUCAAGAAAACUGCCAACAUCGAAGCGGUCGACAUCGCCAAACGACUGAUGGACUAUGGGUUCCACGCACCAACCAUGUCGUGGCCGGUGGCCGGUACGCUCAUGGUAGAACCGACCGAAUCGGAAGACAAAGAGGAGCUGGAUCGGUUCUGCGAUGCCAUGAUUUCUAUCCGUAAAGAAAUCCACGAAAUCGAAGAGGGCCGGCUGGACAUUCGAGUGAACCCGUUGAAGAUGGCCCCGCACACGCAGAAGCAAACCAUAUCAUCCGAAUGGAAUCGUCCGUAUCCCCGCGAGCUGGGUGCAUUCCCAGCGCCUUUCGUCAAACCGGAGACAAAAGUUUGGCCCACAGUAGGACGUAUCGAUGACCUGUAUGGUGACAAGCAUCUCGUUUGCACGUGUCCUCCAAUGGUGCCGGAUUACGAAUAAAAGAAGGGACCAGCUAAAAUAAAUGUGCAAGAAUAA